AUGAACGUGAGAUUUAGAGUGGCCGAGACCUCUCGUCCAAUACGCUCAUCCAGUUUCUCUUCAUUCUCAUCUUCCAAUCCUGAUAUUGUGUCGACAGCAUUGUUCUUCCCAGAUCGGAGUUUGUCCCUAGGCCGGUUGAUUGGAAUUCAACCAAACUCUCUCUGUGAAUUACCUAGUUUGGGAAUAUUACAAUUGAAUCAAACUGAAAUCUCGGGUCGAAUUCCAAAGUGUUUAGGAAAUGUUCUCUCUCUACGAGAGAUUUAUUUGAGUUCCAAUAGAUUGAAUUCUAGUCUACCUUCAAGCCUAUGGAACCUGAAAAAUCUCUUGACUCUGAACCUGUCUUCAAAUUCCUUUACUGGCUCUAUACCUAAAGAAGUCAAAAAUCUGGAAGCUGCAAUCGCUAUAGAUCUAAAUCCCUAA